AUGGAGAUGAGAGAAGAGGAGGUAGUGAUCGUGGGAGCUGGGAUCUCAGGUCUUGCGACGGCAGUAGCUCUGAGGAGGGUUGGGGUUCGAGUGUUAGUGCUAGAGAGAUGGGAAGAGCUUAGAAUCACUGGUGCAGCCCUUGCACUCUACUCAAAUGCAUGGUUUGCUCUUGAAGCCCUUGGUGUAGCUCACAAGCUCUCCCCCUUCUAUGUCCCUACCCAAAAGGGUCGAAUCACCAAUGUUACUAAUGGAGCUGUUAAAGAGGUCUCUUACUCUGGGUUCGAAGGGAGAAAUGGACCUAUAGUUGUUCACAGGAGAAAAUUAUUGGAAUCACUUGCAGAGGAAUUACCCCCAGAUACAAUCCGUUUCUCUUCAAAACUUAUAUCUAUACACUCCCACACAACACCCCAAGGUUCUUCCAUUGCCACUUUACAGUUGGAAGACAAUACCAUCAUCAAAGCCAAGGUCCUGAUAGGGUGCGAUGGGGUACACUCAGUGGUGGGAAGGUGGUUGGGUCUCAUGCCUCCAGUGCCUUCUGGCCGCAACGGCAUUCGUGGCUUAGCUGUGUAUCCCCAAGGCCAUGGAUUUAGCCAAGCACUCCACCAGUUUGUAAAACCAGGCCUAAGGGGUGGUUUUGUUCCUAUCAAUGAUAAAGAUCUUUAUUGGUUCCUGUUCUACUACUCAGAAUCUACAGGUAAUGAAAUUCCAGUAGACCCACUGUUGAUCCAGAAGGAAGUGUUGGAAAACUUGGCCAAAGACUUCCCUCCAAAAUACUUAGAAGUUGUCAAACAUUCUGAUCUUCCUGCAUUAACGUGUGCUCCUUUAGUACUUAGAUGUCCAUGGGACCUUCUAUUGAAAAACCUAAGCAGAGGUAACAUCACAGUUGCCGGCGAUGCGUUGCACCCGAUGACGCCUGAUCUUGGUCAGGGUGGUUGUUCAGCACUAGAGGAUGCCGUUGUCCUGGGCCGACAUAUCGGGAAUUCAUUCCUCCAAAACAGGCGAAUCGUGCCUGAGGAAGUGCCCAAAGCCAUUAAUGGAUAUGUUGUGGAGAGGAGAUGGAGAGUGGCUGGUUUGAUAACCAAGUCUUAUCUUUCUGGAUGGGCUCAACAAGGAGGGGGUUCAGGAUGGUUGAUGAAGCUCAUUAGGGAUAUUAUCUUCUUUAAACUUCUAUACAGAUUUGUCUUUGAUUCUAUAUACUAUGACUCUGGGAAAUUGCCUAGCAUUUCCUUGCCUAAUGGGUCCCAAAUGGGGUUUAAGACUGAUUAG